CAUAAAAAGUUUUAAUCCCAACUUUCCUUUGCGAUGAUAUUUAAACAAGAGGGGAAAAAGAAGGAAAAGGAAAAAACAGAAGCACUUCCAACUUCCAAGCCAUGUUUCCUUGUCAAUUUGUAGCAUCUCCUUCAUCAUCAUCAGUCCCAACGCUCGCUAGUUCCUUUCUAUGGAGUAUCAGAAAACCCCUUCCACCAAUCUUCUUUUCUUGUCCUUCUUCUUCUUCGUCUUCCACUUCCCUCAGCUUUUCUUCCUCGCUCCCUCAGCAGCCCCUCAGGUGUCCUGUUCUUGGUGCUGGCUUUGCUGGGCUAUCUGUUGCUUGGCAUUUGUUGCAGCACGGCUCCAGGGAUUUGCCUUUGUUAGUUGACAUUUAUGAUGAAGUUGGUAUCUGUGCGGGUGCAUCAGGAGUGGCUGGCGGACUUCUCCACCCGUAUUCUCCUGAGGAGUGCUGGAACAGGUUGAUUAUUGAAUGCAAGUACGUUGACUUCAGAUUAAUAAAAUCCGUCUUGGAUGAUCUGCAGUUGCUGGAGAACCUGUGUCCUAAAACUCCAGAUUGGGAGAGCGAGCUCCUUGAAAUGGUGUUAUUAAAAAUAUAUCUAGGAAUUUUCAGAACAUUUCUUCUAUGUGUGAGAAAGUGGGGCGAUGAUGAUGACGCAAGUCUAGGAGCACUGGUAGUUAGGAUGAAAGAUUGCAUCUCCAAACUGGGACAGGCGAUUCACAAGUUCUAUCUUACUAGUGUGGAAGAUGGAUAUCGUAUGGACCUUGCUACAUAUAUCUCCGAUGACAUAGUAGAAGAAGCGGCAUCCCUCAAACAAGAAAUCAAGGAUUUAGAGUACUCGACAAGGCUGUCUAGCAAGUCCCCGGUAAAGAAAGAUGACCUAAUGGAUAUCAUGGACUCUCUUCUGGAGAGCCCUCGGUACAUUGUUUACUUUGCAGAGAACCACGCACUCUAUGCAGGUUAUGCAGAACUAUCCGAAGGCUUUGCGGAGAAGCUGACAUUCUUGAAAAACUACUUCUGUUUUCUUACACUUCAUGGCUUCGAAGAUAGGCAAUUGGGACCUUUAUUGACUCACAUUAAAUCUGUUGCCGUCAAUGCAGCAUGCAACAAUGGAGUGUUGUUCUCUAGGUCGUCCAUGUCACGUAACAAUCCUAUUCGGGACCUGCUGAAGAAGAUCAUUUUUGCAGAAGCCGAAGUCCAUAAGACAUGUGUCCAGGCCCUGAUUUCUUCAAAGUUAUCAAGACAAGCAUACAAGGAAAAAGAUUAGAACAUAUUCAGAGACUUCAUCGAUUCUCUUCUAGUCUAUCAUUGGGAGAUACUAAAGACUGGAACUUGUAUUAUGAUUUCUUUGAAGGAUCGAUUGAAAAUGCUUUAUGGGUCCCAAAGGGAUUGCUGUUGGCUUGAUAACUACCUGAUUGCUUAGGUACUUUAUUCAAUUAGCCAUCCAUCAACAUGUCCAUUCAAAUACUGGAUAGAGUUAGGAGUUCAUGGUAAUACUAGUAUUCCUUUCUUUUUAACUUGAUGAUAGGGUAUCUUUAGUAUCGUAUUAACUGUCCAAUACUGUAACAAAUUGGACUACAAGCUUAACAUAUUAUUGCUAACCCUCUUGAAACAGCAAUUCUCUAGAUUUAUACAACCAAUUAAUAGCUGUUGUACCAUAAACUUUUGCUUUUUGAGCUGAAGGAUACUGCUUCUUGGUGAUUUGUAUCCUGAAUUUGGUUUCUAUGUC